AUGGCUAGACAACGACAAUAUAACCACAAUUUUGAAAUGCAACAAAGAGGAUUAUUAGAAACUAAUUUAGAUAGAGAAAUAUCAGCAUCAAAAGUUAGUGUAUAUUCUGUGCAGUCAAUUCUUGAAUCAGAUGUGGAUGAAGAUACCUUCAGAAGUUGUUUUGAAAAAUGUCUUACCAGGAUACCUUAUGCCACCUUGAUUGCAACAAUAAUGUGUGCUUUGGGGGUGGUUAUAUUUUGUGGUACUAUGUACAGAGGUGCUACACUUACAGUAUUGAUGUAUACUGAAGUUUUUAAUCUGCAACUUUUCUGGGUGGACACUGUUAAGAUGACUUUUGUUUUAAUUGGAGCCUGUAUGGGAGGACUUGGAUUAAUGAUUUUGACUGUAGGAUUUUUAGCAACUGGUGCAACAAGACAUAAAGUUUAUAGGGGAUGGGGUUGGAGGGUUAGUGGGAGAAUGACAUGUGCAAUAUUUAUGUGCAUCACAUACGUUCUUCAAAUAGUUUGGAUAAUGAUGUUCUGUUUUUUGGUUAUAUCAACAUUUGUAUUCACUAUAUUUUGGAAAAUGUGUGAAAAUCCAAGAGUAGCCUCAUUUCAAGAUGACAUCGAUUUAACACAGUUUUAUUUCAUGUUUCCUUCGGAUAUGCGACAAGAAUAUUUGAAAGUAUCAGGAGAAAGUGCUGUAAAAGCUUUCUGCAAAGAUUAUGUAGAAAAAAUCGAGAUAAUGUUCAUACUUGCUACUGUAGCAUCUGUACUGGUAAUUUUAAGUCUGAUUCAUUACCUUAUGUGCCUAUCUGCAAAUUACGCUCAUAUCAGAGACCAAGACAAAUUUUUACAAUUACAAGAUAUGCAGAUGCUCAGCGAUCACGAGUUACUAUCAGGAAAAGAUAGAUUCUAG